AUGUCACCUCCGAGCGACACUGAGCAGAAAACUCCUGCCAAGCAGGUUGCUAAAGAAGGGAAAGCUACCAAAACCCCAGAGCCUGCUAUUAUCUCGGCGAACUAUGCACUUGAUUGGGUAGUUUCAGAUCACGUCCCAGCGGGCGACACAAGAUAUGGACAGGAUUUACCUCCAUUCAAACCUCGGUACGGCCCGUUCGGGCAUCCUUACCCGGAGUUCUGGAACACCCCAAAGCACCAGACGCCUGAUCGGGCGACAGCAGACCAGCGUUCCCAGUGUGACAUGAAGGAUGGACAGAACCCGCCAACCUUUGACCCUCGCUACGGCCCUUUCGGCCAUUCCUACUACCCACAUCCUCAUCCAUACCAUAGUUACUUCAGCUUUCCCACCAUACCACCGCCCCCUGCAUGGUACUCUCACGGACCCGGUGCCUGGCACCCUGGCAACUGGCCGCCGGUAAACGGUCGCUAUCCCACUUCUGGAGAGCGGACGCCAAGCGAACAUCUACACGGUGGCCUCAGUCCUCAACAAGGUAAUCAUCACUCAAAGCAACAAAAGUCCCAACAUGAUGAGACCAAGGCUGUUCCUCCUGGGAUUUCUGCGAACAAUACCGAGGUCAAAACAGCAGGAUUGAGCAAUGGACAUUCAGGCUCCGACUCAGGACUUUCCACGCGGCUGAAAGACGUGAAACUCGCAGCAUCAGUACUCGACUUGGAUAGAAACAGUCAAGCCGCUGACCUUGGCAAGCUGGGUGACCCGAUGACUCCUGUCAGCAUGAAAAUUGACAAACCCUCCGGCAACCUUGCACUGCCUGACAACAAGACUGAGAAGCACAACAAAGAGAUCAGCCAUGAAUUGGCUAAACAUGACCAUAGCCAAGCUGAUAAAGUCUCCAACUACACCGGGUUGGGAAGCUCCGUGGAUAUAAGACGGCCAACGGGCUACACGCUUGAUAUGGACCAGUCUCCAGAGCCAGCGGAUCAGCCGCUUGCAUCAGACAUAAGAGGAUCAAUUGGCCCUCCGCAUGACCUUCAUUUGUCGAUGGAUGGAAAGAUGUUCAAGCAAGCGUGGACGGAUGACCCAGCCGUGACAUUGUCCUCCGAGUCAUAUGUCAUAGAGACUGUCCAAGCAUGGCAGGUUUCUGUACAGCCCGCUCGUAACAUUGAUUUCGAGGAGCUAACAAGGGAGCUUGCCAACCGGUCAGAUUGUGAUUUUGACCCUGCGGCUCUCCAAUUUAAGUCACAGAUGGAACCAGGCGACACCAAGACGCACCCCGACAACCCAAGCAACAUGGAUACGAAGAAGGACCGGAAGAUGAAAGCGAUUCUCCAAAGAAGCAUCAAGGAGGAUCGUGCGCGUGUCCCUGCGGUACCCAGGGAAGUGAUGCCGCAAGAGGCGCUGGAACCACAAUUUGCCUGCCACAUGCGCCCGGCCAAGGAGGAGGAUCUGACCAGCGUCGAGAAGAUCUACAACCUGGAACUCAGACAAGGGUUCCAGGCCCGAGACAAAGUACCGCUGCCACACAGGUCUUAUCUUUCGCUUUUAAAGAUGUGUCAAGGCCGGUCAUUGCCAUUCAUUGUGGCUGUGGCUGGAGCCCCUCACGAUGUACGGAACGGGAAAAUUCCCGAGGUCGCAUGGCAGAGCAGGGAGCCGCCGAAAGGAGCCGUACUAGGCUUCAGCUUCUUAUCCCCAUAUUACAGAGGAUUUUUGAAUGAUUUGGAUUCUGCGGGCGACUCAUCGGUUAAACUUGAUGUCAUGAUCCAUCCGGACUAUCGCUCCAUGUUUAUCGGGACCGCGCUGAUCGACAAGAUGUUGCAGCUCAUCUGCCCUCGUUACAAAUACAUGGAUACAUGUCAAUUCGUGGAUGACAGCGCUGUGUCGCUCUACCGUGGAGCGCAUAACUCACUUCACCGCUUCUACCACGUUCACGCCGAUGUCCUUGUGGCUGGCAAAGAUGAUCCGAACGCAAAGCGUUACGACAAGCUUCUCCAGGAUCGAUUUGGCUUCGAGAAGCUUCUCGUCAUCCGUGGGAGUCAUCAACAUAAGAGUGGCAUGCUCGACCUGGUGAGCUAUCACAAGCAGUGUCGCCCUGUUUCCGGAGCAGAGGGUGCGGAGACAGCCGCACCUUGA